GAGACCUCGACAAUAAACACCUAAAAAAAAAAAGCAAACAUUACUAUGUCAUCAUCUUAAUUUCCGAUUUCUGAAAAAACAUAUUUUAUUUUUCCAUUUUCACCCUGGUCGAAUCGUCGAUUUCAAUUCCCUGUUUUUUUUUUCUCAGUGUCAGAACAGAACUAGAUUCAGAUUCGGAUGUCCUGAAGCGCCCUCACACAUGGCCACGACGACAACAAGGUCCCCGAACCGUUCCUCCGAGGAUGCCGCCGCCGAUCCCACGCCGUUCCUCGCCACUUCCUCCGACGAAUCCACCUCCGGCCGCCUCCUCCUCCGCCGCCCCAGCCUCCGCGAGGCCGCGCGCUUCCUGCGCCAGGCCAGCGGCCGCCGCCUCAUGCGUGAGCCGUCCAUGGUGGUGCGGGAGGCGGCGGCGGAGCAACUCGAGGAGAGGCAGAGCGAUUGGGCCUAUUCCAAGCCCGUCGUCGUCUUGGACAUUCUCUGGAACUGCGCCUUCGUCGCCGCCGCCGCCACCGUCUUGGUUCUCAGCCGCAACGAGAAUCCCAACAUGCCUCUCAGGCUGUGGAUUGUAGGCUACGCUCUGCAGUCCGUUCUCCACGUCGCGUGCGUCUGCGUCGAGUACCGGCGCCGCCUGCGCCACCGCGAACACUCCAACGCGGCCGCCGUCUCGGGUGGCGGCAGCGGGGAUUUGAGUUCGCCUUCGAUGGACGGCUCUGGACACUACGUGUCGUUCGACGACGAUGGGAUAAGUAUGGCAAAGCAUUUGGAAUCAGCCAACACAAUGUUUUCGUUUAUUUGGUGGGUUGUUGGAUUCUAUUGGGUAUCAGCUGAUAGUGAAGCUUUGGUCCAAGAUUCUCCUCUGCUUUACUGGUUAUGUAUAGCCUUCCUGGGUUUUGAUGUUUUCUUUGUCGUUUUCUGUAUUGCACUAGCAUGCAUCAUUGGUAUUGCUGUUUGCUGUUGUCUUCCAUGUAUCAUUGCACUCCUGUAUGCAGUUGCAGACCAGGAAGGGGCAUCAAAAGAAGACAUUGAGCAGUUGUCAAAAUUCAAGUUCCAAAGAACUGAAACUAAUGAGAAACAUGCUGGGAAUACACAAGGAGCUGCUGGAGGAAUAAUGAUUGAAUGCGAUGCUGAUUCUCCCAUUGAACAUGUUCUUUCUGACGAGGAUGCGGAAUGUUGCAUCUGCCUUUCUGCUUAUGAUGAUGGGGUUGAACUUAGAAAACUUCCUUGUAGCCACCAUUUUCACUGUGCCUGUGUGGACAAAUGGCUGCAUAUCAAUGCUACUUGCCCCCUCUGCAAGUACAACAUCUUGAAAAGUACCAGUCAUGGUCAAGACGAAGUGUAGUCAGAAAAGCUCCUGGCAGCCAUGUUGGGGAAAUUUCAUCUCUUGUGGUUCACAGUAUAAUAGGCACAACUUGUUAAUAUAAUUCAAUACAGGCGUUUAUUGUAGUUGCUGCUGCUGCAUACUCGUUUACGUCGUAGCGAUAGUUGUUUUGAUUAUUCUUCGUUAUGAUGGCUUCUUAAUGGUUAUGUACAUCUGCUCAUUGUAUACCGUAAAUAAUUAUCUGGAGGCAAGUUGGUUGACAUUUUUUUUAUCUUUGUCAUCAUUAUUGUUCUUUGAGGGUAUACUGUCUUUUAUAAAUCCCCAGUAUGUCUCGUUGUACAGUUUGAGUAUGGUCAAUUGAACCUGCCUCCUUGUUUGUCACCGUUAGCGAGUUUCUGAAUUCAAAUUGAGGCUGUCACCAAUGUUGGUUAUUUAUGGAUUUACCGCUAGCUGGAUUGGUUGCUGAUUCUAGAGCUGAAGAAUGAGACCAAAAUAGUCAGUGACUCAGUGGCUACCAGCUGAGUCCGAGGAAGAACUGGAUGUUUAUGGUCAUUAAAAGUUGGCAGCUCCUGUUUUUGCUGAAUCACAUGACAGUUCAGAAGUUCGCAUUAUGAUUUUGCGUUCAUCUGGUAUUGGUGGCAUGAUUGUAGUUUUAUAUAUCUUCCAAAUGUAGUUCAUUCAACUUCAAGGCAUAGAUGUCUCUUGCACGAACUUUCUGGAAAUAAUUCAAAGGAUUUAGGCUUAUCAUCAGUUUUUAAUGUUACUAAGAACAAUGAUGCGUGAUUAUAUUACAUGUCUAUUACGAGUCUCACAAUAACUACA